AUGGUCGUACCCUCCAAGAUUCUGCGCAUCGCUCACGAUGAGAUUGCGCGCCUCACGCGCCCUUUAGAGUCGGAAACGCCAUCGGCUUCUCGUCUGAAGUCGAUCAAGCUGGAUGUUGCCAAAUUCGGUGGAGCGGAGUCUGACAUACUGCUCCGCUGGCUUUUACAAGUCAGCACUGCUGCUGACGCUCAGCGUAUCCCCGACGACGCCACCCGCGUGGCUUUCGCGAUGUCGCACUUGAAGGGUCAUGCGGAAGAUUGGGCGUUCUCCAAACGCUUGACGGACCGCCACUGCUUCGCGUCCUUCACGUAUCUGGCAUACAAGCAAGGGAAACACUCCCUUCAAGAGUUCAUCCAUGAUCUUCGCUUCUUUGCUGCGAACAUCAACGAUGAAGAGUCACUCCCGGAGCCCCUAUGGGUGACCGUUUUCAUGGACGGUCUCAACCAAGGCCCAGCGCGCACACAGCUGUUUCGCGCCUACCCGGACACCUUCGAAGCAGCCGUCCGAAUCGCGCUUUCGGAAUCAUUUUCCUCCUCCUUUGCGCACGCACGCGCGGCUUCCUCGGACAUGGAUGUCUCCAUGCUUACCCAGCCAUCGGACGACCGCACGUGUUUCAAUUGCGGUCACCCUGGACACUUUUCCCGCGCAUGUCCGGCACCUCGCCGUGUGGCGUCAGCCGCGCCUACCUCACACGGUUCCUCCCGUGCCGCGCCAGCCAGAUACCCACUCGCGUCACCCCUCCGAGCGGUCCACCUAACCGCUUCAAUCGCGAACGCCAUGGCGCCUCACGCCCACCUUUCCUCCCCGCUCCAGGCUCGAGUGCGGCGGGAAAUGGUGUGUGGCGCGCUGAAACACUCUCAAGACCUAGCCUCGGACACAGACCUUCUUCUGUGUAGUGUUGGGCUCCAACUCAACAAAAUGAUUCGUUUGGAACUUGUCGUGACUGUCUUUCCGGCCAGGCUCUCUGUUUUAAUCGAUUGUGGGGCGUGGAACAACUACGCCAGCCGCUCCACUCUCUAUCGCUUCAACGGCUUACCUUCUUCGGAUCCCUCCGACAGGGUUCGCGUCAAGAUGGCCGACGGCCACACUGCGUCUCAACCACGCAUUAUCGUCGACGUUCCCAUCACCUUCGACGGUUUCGACUCGGUCGAACCGUUCAAUGCCAAAUCCGUGCACAAGGUUACUUGGCUCAACGCGAGCCAACCCUGGAUUCAUCGGCGGGCUGCCGAUCGCCUUCCCCCGUCCACCACCAACCCGCUUGGUCCUCCGUUAGAGGCGAUGAGUAAUGAUCUCGCCUCUCCUAACCCCGCAGCACGCUUGCUGGCCCCAGUGCCCGCGUCCCCAACGGACCCAGCCACGGCUCCGCUAUCGCCCCCGAUAGCUGCCUCGACCUUGGCGGCCACGUUUAUCGAAGAAACGUGUAACUUGAACGAACUCCCUUGGACGUCUUCCGAGAUCCUGGCACUGCCAGAGAUGAGCUUCCACUCGCUCGUGGAAUCUCUCCGCGCCCACGAUAUCGCCGCCUUGGCGAUGAUCACUGUCGAAGAAGAGACGGAUCUCUUUUCGACCUCGACCGCAGAUUAUUCGGCCCUCGCCGCUCCUCUGAAGUCCCAGACGUGGGACUCCCUGCGAUCCAGCCCCUAUUACGACCUCCUCAAAGAGUUUGAGGACGUCUUCCCCGACGAUGUGCCCUGCCGACUCCCCAUCGAUAAGGGCGUUCAACACGAGAUUGACCUCGUGUCCGGCGCUAAGUAUUGCGUCACGCGGCAAUGGCCGCUUCCUCGUGACCAAGUCGACGCCAUGGACGCCUUCUUCGCGGCCCGAAAGGCGGCGGGUCACGUCCGCGAGAGCAUUUCCCCGCACAGCAGCCCGACCUUCUGUGUGAAGAAGCCCGGGGGGAAAUGGCGUAUUGUCCACGCCUUUAACAAAUUGAACGCAGCCACGAUUCCGGCUCAGACGCCGAUUCCUCUCAAGGACGUUAUUAUCGACGGCAUGGGUCGAUCUACCAUUUUCUCCACCAUCGACCUCCGCGAUGGCUUUUGCCAGAUCCUGAUGCAUCUAUGGUCUCUCCAACGCCCGGCGACGUUCAACCGCAUGGUCACCGCGAAGUUCCUCGGGUUUCGCGACUUCGCACCGUCGUACUUCGACGACAUUUACGUGUUUGAAGUCCUCCGUGCCAACGGACUCUAUGCCAACCUCGCCAAAUGCAUGUUUGGCGUCGACAAAAUCCCGGUCCUGGGAGAUUUGGUGGGGGAUCUUCGUCGCUUGCUGGGCCUUGCGACGUACCUCCACAAAUACUCGCAAAACUUUGCGGACAUCGCCCAGCUGGUGUUUCGGCUUCUCCUCAAGGACGCUCCUUGGCUCGACGCCUCCGGUCGCCCACGCCCGGUUUCCUACCAAAGCCGCCAACUUCACGCGGCUGAGCGGGCGUACCCAGCCCUAACCAAGUUCCGCAUCUACCUCCUCGGCGGUAAACCCUUCGUGGUUUACACCGAGCAUGCGUCAUUACGCACGGCAACGAACACACCGCACCUUUCGCAGCGCAUGGCGCGCUGGAUUUCGUUCUUCACCGAAUUCACAUUUUCGGUUCAGUACAAGCCCGGGAAGGACAACAUCCUGGCCGACGCCCUGUCUCGGUGUCCUGAUCUCGAACUGACCACGAUCGGUCUUUUGACGUCCGGUUUUCAUGAUCGGGUUUCGUCUUUGACGCUGACUGCUCGUCGCGCCUGGCGGCGCUCACCGACCCCGUUUCCCCCAACGUUUCCCCCAAACCCCGCCGCGCUUCGUCGGCCUUACACUAGCCGAUGGAAUUUUGAUGUUCCAACCCACCGCGGACUCGCCCCCGCGCAAUUAUCGUGCCCGGCGACGCGCAGCUGCGCCUCACUCUCCUUCGGUCGUACCACGACUGCCCCAGUGGCGGCCAUUUUGACCGCGACAAAAUGCACGCGGUCUUGGCGCCGCACUAAGAUCACCACAUCUUCUCGGGCACCGUUCCAACCCUUGCCUAUUCCCAACGAACUUUGGUCGUCCGUCAGCAUGGAUUUGAUGUUUGUCCAGCCGCGCGACGCCCGCAGCAACACCGGCAUUAUGGUUUGUGUCGACCGUGCGUCGAAAUACGUUGUUGCCCUCCCCGUCCGGGACAUGCUGAACGGCGCGGACGCCGCUCCGUCGUCGAAGCCCAUACGCUCGACCAGGCGCUCGCAGGUAGCACCGAAAACCCGCUUGGCGUCAACCGCGCCCCUUGCACUUGCGCCGCCGCCGACAUCGUCGCUUGACCCCGAGGAGGUGAGCGCCCUGGCACCGCCGAUCGCCCACGCGAGCGCGAUCGUGGGAUCGUGGGAUCGCGAUGGACAGCGCCGGGUCGGCUGUUCGCUGUGCGAGUUUGCGCCGCAUAUUUACGCGGGCGGCGAUCCGUGCGACAGACCGAGCGUCCAAAUGCCCAUGCUUCUGUCGCCGCACCCCGGCGAAAUUGGACAGCGAAUUGACUACUGUCAGCGGCAACUGCACAUGCCACCCGCUGCCUUGUCCGACAAGCGUCCACACAAACGCUACAAGCCACACAGCACACGAAAUGCAGCCACAUGCACCGUUGCCACCGCCAACUGGACAGCCACACGCAUCACCACUCACCAUGACACAACCACGAAUAAACCAGAACUCUUCCCUAGCAAGUAA